GUAACAUUUACCUCGACGGAACACAGUUUGGUGUACCUUGUUGACCCAUCAGGAACGAAGUCUACUACAGAAAGAUUUCAGGAUCUUAAUUAUGACUUUUCUAUAGAUUUAUUUUAUCUAAGUUCUUUUCACGGAACAGAUGCACUAAACGAUUGUUUCGAUGCGUUAGCUAGGGCAUAUCAUCGUACUUUUCGAAAUGGAGAUGAAGUGUGGAACAUUGCUGGAGUUCGCAUUAAACAAACUUCAUGGGGUGAUGUUAGAGUAACAAAGGACUAUGGAAGACGUGUACUUCGGACAUCUCCGACUUCUGGAAACAUAUCCGUAUCCACACCUUUUGUUCACAUGGCAGCUGGGUGUGAACCAGAUAGAUACUUCUUUGUUAGACGAGGAGAUAAAAGAUUAAGUGCUCACGUUGGUGGCCUUAAUGUUAGAUGUGGAAGUCAGAAGGCAGGAUUUGAUGAAAGAGGCAGAUUAGUUCUAGAUUAG